AAGCAAUCCCCUUUAGCUUUUGAUUGGAAUGAAGAUCCUUUUAUUCACAUCCAAGUUAUUUCAUCCACUUUAAUUUAUUCUCCUCUUUCUUCUGAUCUCUUGCAUGCAUUGUGUUAUUAUAUAUAUAAACACACUCAUCAUCAUUCAGAUUGAACUCAAACACCAUUAUUAUAUAGUAGAUUCAACUAUUAAUAAUGCCUUCAUCAGAAUCUGCAGCUAAGCCACCAAACCAAUCUUCUCUUGACAGAGAAAUCAGGGAGAUGGUAUCUGCCAUCACUAACCGUGUAACUGAUUUCCACAAACCAGGUUCAACCCACCACCACCAUUCUGCCACCCACGACGACGACGACCACGGCGUCAGAAUCAUCACGCUCGCCGGAACCAACGACGGAGCCACCCUCAAAGGCGAGUUGGACGAAAAGUCACCCGGAAAAGCUGCUUCUUCUCAUCAUCAACAUCAUCAUGAUCAUGGUGUUGAAGCAGAGCCACUGAGCACUUAUGUGAACAGCAACUUCCAAGCCAUCAACAACUCUAUGAUGCUUGGCGGUAGCUUCCAUGCAAAUGAUCCUGGUGUGCAUUUGGAUAUCUCAGAUUUCACUGACCCUAUUCCUCAUCAUAAUAAGCAUGGCAAGAAGGGCAAGAAGAAAGACAAAGAGAAAGAAGUGGUGGUGAAAGCAUUCAUACAUUGUGACGGUUGCUCAGAUAAAGUUUCUAGGUGUUUGAGAGGUCUUGAAGGAGUGGAAAAUAUUGUGAUUGAUAGAGAAAAUAACAAGGUCACUGUGAAAGGAGAAGUGGUGAAAGAUCCUUUGAAGGUUUUGGAAAGACUUAAGAAGAAGUAUAGCAAAAAUGUGGAGCUACUUUCACCAAAAAUAAAGCCAGAGAAACCAAAAAAAGAAGAAAAAAAGGAAAAGGAUCAGCCUAUAAUAAAAACUGUGAUGCUUAAGAUGUAUAUAUAUUGUGAUGGCUGUGAAAAUGAUGUCAAGAGAAAAAUUGAGAAAAUGGAAGGUGUUGCUUCUGUAGCAUUGGACAAGGAAAAAUCACAAGUCACUGUUAAAGGAACAAUGGAAAAAGACCAGCUUGUAGAAUACGUUAAGAAGCAACUGAAAAAGCAUGCAUAUAUUAUAAAUGUAGACGAUAAUGGAAAAGAAAAUAAAAACAAUGAGACAUGCCAAAAACCCGAAAUUAUAUUUAGUUAUCCUCCCCAAUACUCUGCACAACAUACUUAUCCCAAUCAAACUUUCAGUGAUGAAAAUCCCUUUGCAUGUUCAAUCAUGUAA